UCUAAUUCAUUAUCAUUUUAGAUGAAACCUGGAAGUACAUGCUUUGUAAAAGGCCUCACCAGCACUAAAUCUACAAGUGUUUUGUUAGCAGACCCUUAACCACUAGAGAAGCACCAACCCAGCCGUGUCUCCUUUGAUGAAGGCGCUUGUGUAAUUAUGUCCUGAUGCGCAUCUGUUAUUAUCUUGCGCAAUGUUGCUUUUCUGCAUUCCUAUCCCACUGAAUUUAUUCCUGUCUGAUAUUUCUCAGGCCCUUUCUCGCUUCCUUUUUUUUAAUCAGCUGAACUGCACGCGUUCACAGCUUGACUGGUACCACACAAUCUGUACUAUAGACAUGAAUAAUUUUAACAGAUGAUAAAAUGUUCAAAAUCGGAUUUACACUAAAGGAAGAUCCUUUAAAUCUAGAGCCAAAUCUAGGUAUACCUAAAUAUUACCAUGGCAUCAUGUUGAUGGGGUUUUCUUGGGUAAGCACCUGUCAAAUCCUCCCAGCAUUUAAAUUUCCUGAUUGGAGGCAAAAUAACAUCUUUCUUCCUUAUUUUGCAUGUUUGCGCGUGUGUGUGUGUGUGUGUGUGUGUGUGCAUGCUUGUCUUUGUGGAACUAAACCACAAACCUAUCAUCCCUGUCUAAACAAUUAUAACUUUACAUGUUGUUAUGUACCUGUGAUCAACGGCUGGUUGGUUGUCAAUCACAUCAGAAAGCACUAAUGGCCCAGUCAGGUCUAUCUUCUCAGGGUGCAGCCAUGCCUGAAAUCUAAGUAUGAAGAAUCUGAUCUCGCUUGCUCAACCUGUUACUGAAGGAAGGGUUAAAGAAAAACGAUAUAGAAAGACACUGAGGACUCCGAAAGACAGAUUCAAGAAGACAAGGGGGACAGAAAGAGACCUUAAAGAUGUCUGUGUGAGGGAAAUGGACACCGUUAAAUCCAGUAAUCCAUCAAAAAGACCGGUACUGAGCAAUGUCAUGGCCCCAGAGGAAACUGCCGCCGGUGACAAGAGUGACAGACAGCGGGAGGAAGAGAAAGAGGCAGACACCGACACUCCUGAUGGAUUUGUUGCAGUACCAUCAGUCGCUCAGCGGAGGGCACAAGAGGAACACAGAUACAACACUGUAGGCUACCAGAAAAAGAAGCAGAGGGCAGCUGUGGACUUUUCUACAGUGAGCAAGGGAACAUCUGCCGGGGUGAAGAGCAGAGGUGCAUUAAAGCAGGCACUUUUUAGCCAGGGAGUGUCUGACAAAAAUGGCACAUUUGAGGAACGACCAGGUGGUGUACAGGGGCAGGUGGACGCGUUGAAACAGGUUCUGGACUUAUUCAAUAUACCUGAGGACCUGAGGUGGACAUGGGGGGAGGGAGGUACUGAAAAAGCACUGGAAAAGAGCUGGACAGACAUAGUGGACUCCCAUGAGUCUAUGUCAAAAACCCAGCGACACCAGCAGGAGGCGCUGUGGGAGUUUAUUAAUACUGAGCUAACCUACAUCAACAAACUCACUAUUGCUACAGAACUUGUGAUGGCAGCACUGUCACACUGUCACAGAUAUGGAUUCCUUCAGGAAGUCAGCCCCACAAUGCUCUUUUCCAAUCUUCCUUCUAUCCUUGAUGCACAUCAACUCUUUUGGCAUGAAGUAAUUUAUCCAAUGUUACAAGAGGUCCGUCUCACUGGAAGACCAUUUGACCCUCUCAGACUUGAGGCAGGAUGUUUGCAGUUUCCUGGCCGUUUUCCUGCAUACUUUGAAUACUGUUUGGAAGAGGAGAGAAAUGUGGAGUUUACACGCAGACAGCUUGACACAACCCCACAGUUUCACACCUAUCUUACGUGGGUGGAGAAUCAUCCACAGUGUGGGCGAAUGAGACUGGGCGAUAUGCAGGCCAAACCACACCAGAGAAUCACCAAGUACCCUCUUUUGCUGAAAGCUGUUCAGAAGACCACAGAAGACCAACCCACCAAAAAUGCACUUGAAAGAAUGUUGUACAGUGUCAAUCAUUUUCUAGAAUCUAUCAAUGGCUAUUUGCAACUGAAAGAAGAUACUCUGGCCCUCUCUGUUGCUGCUCAAAGAAUAGAGGGAUGCAAAAUAGAAGGUCUGAGUGAAGAAAUAGACAAGUAUGUUCGUGAGUUCUGCUGCUUUGAUUUGAUGAGCCCGGUGAGGGGGGUGGGACCAAAUGUCAUACGGAAGCAAUUAAUGGAAGAAACUUUGAAGGUCAGAAUAAGAAAGGACACCAAGGAGCUUGUGGUCCUGCUCUUCACUGAUGUGUUGUUGAUGACCAAAACUCAGAAGAAAUCAGACAAGCUGAAGGUAGUGCGCCCCCCUCUGCCUCUGGAGAGAAUACACUGCAUUGAGCUCAAAGAUGGAUAUUCGUUUGUGCUGGUGGAGGUUGGUGAUCUAGGUUGUGCUGUCAGUGUGAACUUCCUGUCCACACCCAGUCCAGACAGCUGCGCGUCAUGGGUGUCUGCUCUGCGUGAGACUCAGGCGGCCUUAGAGACCUUGAGGGAAAAUGAGACCAACAAAACACUGAAGACAACAAGUACGACAGAGUUUGGUGGUUCAGAGAGACCUCCCAUUCAGGACAAAAUGUCUGACAAAGUCAUAGAGGAUCCUGAUGGCCAAUCAGUUUCUGAUAGAUCUGAUAGUGAUUUUGACCCAGCUGAGUUGAUGAGGCUAUAUCCUUUCCAUAGGCGCAAGUCUGAGACAGAAAUGUUGAUGGAAGAAGAACAAAGUAAAGUUCAGCAGCUGCCAGAGGAUAGCAACUCUCCACUGAUUGGUCAAUCGAAUGAUCAGAGCCAAUCAGCUCAUGCGGCAAAGACUAAUUCAGCUGGAUUAAAAACUGAAGAAGGAAGAAAGCAGUUGGAAGAGGAAGAGGCCCCAUCUAAAAAAAUAUCAGAAAGGCGAGUUACAUGGAAACGUGGACGACGGUCAUCUGUAAAUUCUACUGACGUUACACAACAGGACUUACCUGUGAGAAGCCAGUCGAAUGGAUCAUACUUGUUGAUGCCUGGUGGAGAUGUGGAGAAAAAUAGCACUUCUAUUCAAUCCCUGCCAAGCACUUCUGCAUCAAACAAGUCUCUAAUAAGUGCAUCAUCAUAUGGGGCAACUGCAGAAACAGGGGAACCAAUGCAUCAGGAUCCAGAUGAUGACUCUGAAGAAAUCAGGAGAAACUAUUUGUACAGUCAGUCAGGAGAUGACCAUGGGCUCCUCACAGAAUCAGGGAGGUUCUCCAGGAAACUGAAGUCUCCUCGCCUUCGGAGGAGACGUACGAAUAAUUUGCAACCAUCUGUUCCCUCAGAUAUUUCCAGCACAGAUGUGAACGGAUUGGAACUUACUCUCAAUGCAAACUCCAGUGGAAACCAGAGAAGAGGAUCCAACCCUUGCAUUAAACCCCAGGAUUCCCACCGAGUGCUAAAGCUGGGAUCUCUAAAAAACAACCAUGGAACGUUAUGGAAUGUUCCUGAAAAAAGAUUGUCACCAGACCCUCAGACGCACUCUGAACCCGAGCAGACGCGUGAUGGGAACGUUCAAAUGAAACCAAUCAAACUGAAGACACAGAGGAGCGCCUCCAUCCCGGAGAUCAGCUCCUCUCAGAGUUCCCUUCCACAUUCUCACAGACGCAGCCCCUCGCCCCCACCAGGCCUGGGCCCCCAGCUUCACCCUUCUCCACUCCAGGGCCUGCUGCAGAGGGCAAAGGAACGGGAAAGAGGACGUGGACUGGGAAAAAGAGAGGGAAAGAAAAAAACUUUAUCUCUACAAAAUUCUCCUACUGUUUCUGCCUGUCCAUCACCGUCGGUCAGUGAAGGAGAGAGAGAGGCAGAAAGAGAGGAAUCGGCAGUAGCCGGUAUGAUAUCUACUCAUGGAUGGAUAGAGGGGAACGUGGAUGGAAGUGAGGAUGAGAUGAAAGAGAGCAAUAAUGUCCUAGAGGGCAUCAGCGUGGACUGGCCAGGCUGGUGUUUUGAUGAUGAGGAGGUGUUUGACUUUGAGGACUUUGAAGAUGAAGACUGGUUUGACAAGAAGCUGACCACAAAUGAGCCCAGGAGGUCCAAGACGAAACCAUCAGAGAGGCCAGAUGAAACAGAAUGUAGUGAGGUGUAGUCUAUUAAAUGUGUAAAAAGUGUUUGGAGAAAUGUAAUAUAUAAAGUUAUUUUGUGUUGUUUAAUGAUUAUGUAGCAUGACUAUUAUAGUCAAA